UUGUAUUGUUUUGUGUACAAAAGACCAACACAUUUUAAAACAAACAUUACUAACUUAACACAUGAACCGACCGACCACUUGGGAUGAUCCCCAAGGACCCUGCCGAUAUUGUGAAAAAGCAGUGGAGGAUGACAACUAUUUGGAGUGCCAACAGUGCCGGCGGAUGGUGCAUAUAAAGUGCCUGCCACAUGCGAGCACGCCCGGAGAUCUGUUGGGCGACGUUUUCUUUGACUUCUCGUGCGUUAGGUGCGUGUUGGACAGAGCGAAAGAAUCGUGCGCCCCCAAGUCUUUGGAACCCAUAAAGGAAGAGCUUGUGCGCCAAAAGAUUCCCUGGUUGCUUGUGCUCACCUUAACUCUGCACAAUCUGUCCGUUAAACAGAAAGGUUUGGGCCACCACGGAUUCUUCCACUGGCGCACCCAUAUAAUUAGUUUUGUGGACAAGAAUUGGAACUUUAUAUUCGGACCCAAUGUGCGGCGUCGCAAACAAUGGACUGGAUCAGUAUCCGGAGCUCUAUCCCACAACAGCCCGGAAUACUUUCAGUCCGGUCUGGAAGUCUUUCAGGAGCACGGUUGGUGGAAACUGGCCAAUCCCUUUCAAACACCAAGGAGCGUUCUUAGAGAAUAUGAGAAAAAGCAAUUGCAGCGGCAGCAAUUGCGUAUUGAAAAGCGUUUACCCAUCGCGGAUGAGACCAGCUGUAGCAGCGAGAUCUCAGUGACCGAUCAUACCUCGGAGAACACCCAUCUCAUAAAAGCAGAAGCAGAGGAAACCAAUUUAACGGAGGGCUGUGCCCGUACCAUUCCCUAUAUGGGUCGCCAACCAAAGGUGCCGGCCCCACCUUUACCCGUGUCUCAAGAACGUCUUCCAACGCCACCUGUUGCUGAAGAAAAUACAAUCCCACCAAGACAGGAGAAGGAAGAGGAACCGCAGAAUGAGCCGUUGAGCAUGGUUCAAGCAAGUCUGAUGGAUUUCCUGGCUGAGAGCUUGGGAGGCGAUGACUUUAGCAUGUUUGGUAGCCUACCCGGCAUAAUGCCACCUCCUCUUAUAGGAGAAGGUAAAAACGAUUUCUUCAUGACCGAACCCUUGCUGCAGGUGCCUUCUAAUAGUGAAGGCCUCUACGAUAUGGAUACAAGUUUUGAAAUACCAAGUGCCACAGAAGAAAGGAAGGGAGCUAAAAAUAUUAAAGAGGAGACCAAAACAAAUUCAACCGAGGAAAUCAGCACCGAAAGCAGUGAAAAGCAAAAAGAAUACGAGAAAGAGGAUGAGAAGGCGAAGGAGGAAGAACCAUCUGACUAUCAGCCCCGAAUAGUGCAAGUUACAAAUUAUCAGGCUCGAGAGGCUAGUGAAACCAUCAAAGAGGAACCACUGGAAGAUGAAAUGCAUGAUGAAGAUGAGGAGAUACAGGAAAAAAUCCCUUUUAUCGAGCCGUGCAUUCCAAGUGGAUUUUUAAGACAGCCCCGGAGAAAUUGGCCUUGGUUACAAGAGGCACAGGAUUCCGAUGACUUGGCUUUUCCUACCGAAAAUCUUCAAUUGAUGAGUGUGUACGAGGAACAGAAGUUGUAUCAAAGACUUCAUAAAAUAUUCUCUCUGGAGCAGGAAUGCCAAAUAUCCAUACCCGCCUAUGUUCGACGGAUAUAUCGAAAACUGUCCCUCCGAAAGUGGAAAAGAGACCAUAAUAGACCCAUUUUCAACCUCGAUGAGCACAUAGAUCCCGUGGGCAGAGCACUCUUGAAGAUGCAAGGCCAUCAACAGGCCCAAAUACUAGAUAGAUAUCAACUGUUGGCCCAUUCGCGGCAAGAUGCCAGAAGCGCCUUCCAUGCUCGCUUGGCAGGAUGCACUCAAUACGAGCUUUUUGAAUCGCCCUAUUCUCAGAGAGUUCUCCAUCCUUUUAUUUUCCGAAGCAAAACGAUUGCUCCUCCCUGGCUGAAACUCAUGUGCGAGCUACAGCACCGAGUGAAUCGAUCGCAUCCCGUGAAAUCCACAAUCGACUUUUGCUAUGUCAGACCGCAGCAUAUUCCAGCGGUAAACGCAUUGCUACAGAGCUCUUUUUGGCCAAAUAUCGAUGUGAGCGAGUGUCUCAGCUAUCCAGACUACAGUGUAGUCGCCUUGUACAAAAAACUUGUCAUCGGAUGUGGAUUUCUGGUGCCUGAUGUAGGCUACAACGAGGCGUACAUCUCAUUCAUGGCCGUGCGUCCGUGCUGGCAACGCAGUGGCAUCGCUAGCGUUAUGCUAUAUCACCUUAUUCAGACAUGUAUAUCCAAGGACAUCACUUUGCAUGUUUCCGCCACUAACUCCGCCGUGAUGUUGUAUCAGAAGUUCGGAUUCAAGAUGGAAGAAAUAAUCCUGGACUUCUAUGACAAAUACAUGCCUCUAGACUCGAAGCAGAGCAAAAAUGCUUUCUUUUUGAGAUUACAAAGAUGAAAGGAGUUCAAAUAUAUGGUCAUGAAUUUUAAA